AUGAGCGACUUUUACGACAUUUGGAGAAUGGAUGCGGACAACUUUUUACUCCCAUCUCGUAACAGCUACUCCACUGUCAUUUUCGAGCUCGACAGGAUUGACGUGUGCCAUUGCGCUCAAGAACUGCAACUAAACACACCGUGGUCACCUGCAGUCACUGGAAGCCAGCCGUUCGCUACCUUGCUUGCAGCGCUGCGUCGCGUCGAGCGCAAACUGAUGCGCGACGACGACGACAACGACAACGACGACGACGACGACCAACUGGAUACGGACGACGUCGACGACCAAGACGAAGCCGAUUCGGAGUUUGGUCACCGCAUGCGAACGGUGCGCGCGCUGCUCACUGUGCGCGACGCCAUGGAGAACGCGCCACUCGGCAACAAGGUGCAAGCAGACAUUGACCUGCUGCUCCAGCACGCCUCGGUCGCGCGCGGGGUGGUCGAUGCCGCAACGUUGCCAAGCGUCUCAGAUUUGCUGGGAUUGGACAUCACCCAGCACCCGCUCGCCUCACGCAUCGUCCUCUGGCGAGGCGACAUUACAUCGCUCAAGGUGGAUGCGAUUGUGAAUGCCGCCAACUCGGGUCUCCUUGGUUGCUUCCGCCCGAAUCACCCUUGCAUCGACAAUGUCAUCCACGCCGCAGCCGGUCCGCGUCUGAGAGACGAUUGUGUGCUCAUCCGCCGUGCUCAGCAGUACCAACCCGAGCCGAACGGCACUGCACGAGCAACUCGCGCGUACAAUCUUCCCUCGCGCUUUGUGCUGCACACGGUGGGCCCUGCGAUUGAGCGAGGCCGGGAUGUGACACCGCGGGACGAUGCCGAUUUGAUCUCGAGUUACCGCUCGUGCUUGCAGUGCGCCAGCGAGUUGCCCGACUCUCGUUCGAUCGCGCUCUGCUGCGUUUCAACCGGAGUGUUUGGGUUCCCUGCUGCCCGCGGCGCUCGGAUUGCCGUCGCGACCGUGCUCGAGUUUUUGGCCAACAACCCGACGCUCGAUCGAGUCGUGUUUAACGUGUUCCGCCCAGAGGACGAAGAGCUGUACAUUGCCGCGCUUCGUCGGGCAUUCGGUCUGCCGUUGGACGCGCCUGCCGUCUCGAACGGACAGCCCGACGUUGCGUUCAACGCCAAGCUAUCGAAGGCAACACAGUGGCUGCGCGACGCCGACUAUGUCUUGAUUGCUGGCGGCGCGGGUCUGAGCGCGGCUGCUGGGCUCGAUUACAACGACCGCGCCCUCUUCAAGCGACUCUUCCCAGCCAUGGCCGCUCGUGGCCACAGGUGCAUGUACGAGUUUAUUGGCUUUACCAACUGGACGCCCGAGUUGCAGUGGGGCUACCUGCUGUCGCAGCUCGACAAGGCGCGGUACAACUGGCCGCUCAGUUCCGUGUACGGCAACCUGCUCGCCAUCGCCCAAAGCCGAGCCGCCGAGCACCACUUUGUUCUCACCUCCAACGCCGAUGGCAUGUUUGAGCGGAAUGGCUUUGACAAGACGCGCGUGUACACGGCGCAAGGCGAGUAUGGACGGAUGCAGUGCCUCAAGCCGUGCACACAACAAGUGUGGCCCACUCGCCCGCUGAUUGACGCUGCCUUGCCGUUCGUCGACCCCGCCACCCAGGAAAUCACCAACGCCGAUGUGGUGCCGCGGUGUCCCAACUGCGGUGGCCCCGUUAUGAUGAAUGUGCGUGGUGGCAACUGGUUUAUCGAUCAGCCGUAUCGCGAGCUGCGAGCGGCCUUUCACAACUGGCUCAAGUCGACGCGGGACAAGCGCUUGGUGGUGAUUGAGGUUGGCGCUGGGUUUAACACUCCCAUGGUGGUUCGUUAUCCGUGCGAGGAUGCUGUGGAGCACAACCCGCAGGCGCGGUUUAUUCGCAUCAACACUGAGCAUUCCGAGGUGCCAAGCUCGCUCACCAACCGGUCGGUUUCCUUUGACCAGGAUGCCACCACCGUGCUGGAGAGGUUGCGCGCUGGGUUGAAUUUGGUCUGA